AUGUACGGGAAAUGCGGGAGUUUGCCUGAUGCUCGCGACGUGUUUGAUAGUGUUAACCAGCCUAAUGCGUUCACUUGGAACAUCAUGAUCCGUGCAUAUACAGAGAAUGGUCAGUUGCUGCAAGCGAGGAUUUUGUUCGGCAACAUGCCUAUCAAGAAUGUGGUUUCCUGGACGACAAUGCUGGAAGCCUACAGAAGAACUGGUGGUCUUGAAGAGGCUGAGGAUCUGUUGGAAUGUGAUGAUAUCUGGUUACGCUCACACGAAGCGUUUUUGCGAGGCCGAGGCAUUGUUCGAAGAGAUGCCGAGGAGAGAUCUGGUUUCGUGGUCGCUGAUGAUCUCCGCGUAUGCUCAAAAUGGCGACACCGCUCGAGCAAAGGCUUUGUUUGA